AUGUCUUCCAUUGAUCCGUCCGUUUCUGGCAUUCAUCCAGAAUGGCUGAAGCUACAAGACUUCCAAGACGACAAACGCCCAGUCUCCGCCCUCGUCAAGUUUGCCAACAAUCAACACGUCGACGGACACAACUCCAAGCUUACCACCUUGAUCAUCGCCCUUUGUAACGUGACGGGGUGGUCGGCGGACUCCAUCUCCCUCAAGCUCCGACUACAAUUCGAUGUACAUCUAACGGCUCAAGAUAUUUGGGACUUCAACAAACAAUUCAUGGCCGCCAGAGACAACCGAGACUUCGACGAGGCGGAGAUGAGACUGAUGGUCAUCAUGGGAAGAACCGCACGCGCCUACUCGGUAACCGUUUUCAGAGACAGACCAGGCAAACGAAUCCAACACACCCCUCGUCCUGUCGUUAACCCCUUCCCCCGACACUGGAACCCCAAUCCGAGAGACUUAGCACCAUCCACUCAGUUGCUUCCCGGAUAUUCGGCGGUCGAGCGUCAGGCACAUGUGAAAGAAAUGGAGGCUCUAGGGCUCGACAAAUUCCACACCAAGUUGUUCCCCCUCGAGGAAAAAGCGCUGGAGCAAAUCGGACAGCAGCCCGCCUUCAUCAUCACAGGACUCCUCCGUCGCUGGUUCACUGAAGUAUUGGAUGCAGUUCGCCUCCUCCCACCCGAACAUCCACUCGACAUCGCCUUCCAUGACCAGCGUUCAGCCCAAUACACCCAGACCAUGCUCAACAACCUCCAAAAGGUCUUCGGCUCCCACGAAUUCACUGGUAUCCCCUACGCUGAUGGCCUCAUCAAAAUCUCCUCGUUCGCCGACGGCUGCCGCAUCCUGAUGGACACCUUCUUCGAAGACCGUCUACGAGUCAUCGCAUACCUUCGAGACCUACAGAUUCGCCAACAGCUAGCCAGUAAACCAAAUCCCUUCUUCAGCAGACUCGACAUCAAAGAUAUCGCCGACGACGACAAAGAAUGUCCCAUUUGUCGUGAGGAAUUUGGUGACAACGACACCGUCGCGAUCCGCCUAGACGUCUGCUGCAAGAAGAUCAUCGGCGCCAAUUGUCUGAUGGAUUGGAUGAGAAUCGGAGACACCUGCCCUUGUUGCAGACACGAACUUGGUGUUGAGUUUUACCAUCGUCUGUGCUUGGAGGUGGAAUAA